AUGACCUCUGAAAUGCACAUUUCUUGGGUUCGCGAUUUAGACAGAAAAUUCGCGCGUGAAAACAGGAAGGUACUUUUGUUCAUAGACAACUGCCCCGCCCACACAGUCGUAAACAAUCUGAAGUCAAUAGAGAUCAGAUUUUUGCCCCCGAACUCUAUCUCAUUCCUCCAGCCCAUGGAUCAGGGCAUCAUUAUAAACAAUUUUAAUGUGUUUUAUCGCGAACUUUUGAUUCAGGCUAUGCUCAAAGCAAUGGACAAAAAAAAACAUAAAUUUGUCGUCGAUUUAGCUUCAGCUAUAAACUGGAUUUAUCGUGCAUGUGGACUUCAGGCUUGUUUUGGAAAGGUAGGGUUUAAGUCUGACCCGGCAGAGGUCAUUAUCGAAAUCGACCAAUCAGACGACAUCCUAGAUGACAUGCCAUUGAGCGACUUGAGACGAGUUUUGCUGGACACACCUCUUACGGAAUACAUCGAAGUUGACUCUCAGUUAACAUCGCGCAAGACAUUCACAACUGACAAGGACAUUGUCAGGGAUUUGACAGAUACCGACGUUAACCAGGACAGUAGCCAGGAGAGUGAUAUUGACGAUGAUCCGGUAAGGAUUCGUGAAACAGCAACUAGCGCUGUCGACAGAGGUCAUAAAAUAAAAAGACUAUACCAUUCAUUUAAACGUAACAGGAACACGAAAGAAACGAGCAACAAUCGCCAGAGGAGGAGACGGCAAAAACACAACAAUAGGUUCAGAGGAGGAGACGGCAAAAGUUAG